AUAACAAAUCAAAGCGCGGCGCAAAGGAAUAAAAGGAGAAGCAGCAGCAAUUAUUUCUUUGCACAUGCAUGUAAAAACUAAAAAGAAAUUAGAAUUAGACGAAAAACAGCAAAGCACAACAACAACAACAGCAUCAAGAACAACAACACGAGCAACAACAAGGAAAUCAAGAGACGCGAGAGCAAAGCACAAGCAGCCGCAGCAGCAGCAAAGGCAAAGGCAAAAGCACUCGAUAAAAAGUUAUUAGCAAAAACAUAAAUACGUAACUUGCUCUCACACUUACUCUCGCUCUCGUUCUCGUGCUCGUUGUCUCCCUCCCUCUCUCUCGCUCGCUUGCUCUCUCUGUCCGUGGAGAGCGCAGAAGGGGCGCCCAACACUAACGCCAACGCGCCUACCCUACACUAAGUGCUCUGUGUACUGGGUGUGUGUGUGUGUGUGUGUAGGAGUGAGAGUGGGAGUGUGAGCUGAGGCUGAGCUGAGAGUGGGAGAGGCAGAACGAGACGGACGGAUAGGCAGACAGACGGACAGAACGAGAGAGCAAAAGGGACGUAGGUAGAUAGGUCAGUGGCUGAGGCUGUGGGCGGCCUAGCAUCAGCAGCCAAAGCAGCUGUGGCAGCGACGCCAACGCCAAACAACAUCAACAGUAACUUCAAAAGGGCAGCAUGUCCUGCACCGUGUCAGAGCUGCCCAGCGGCUGUCGCUUGCGCGGCAUGACUGCCAACUCGUCUUCAAAUAACGGCAAUGGCAAUGGCGAUAGUGCUGGCUCCGUUAGCGCUCUGAGCUCAACAGCUGGUGGUGGCGGAGGGGGAGGUGGAGGCGUUGGUGUUAGUGGCACAGGAUCGGGCAACACAACGUUACCGGUUAGCGGUAGCGCCACAUCGAAUGUGUUGCAGGAAUCAAAUGCGCCUCUGCAGCGACCGCAAUCACAGAAGCCAUGCUGCUUUUGUUGGUGCUGUUGUUGUUCCUGCUCCUGGGCUAAGUGUCUUGCCAUAAAGAACGCUGAUGAAAAUGCGCCCACCAAACGUGAUCUCGUUAGCGCCGAAUUCCUAGAUGGCGAUCAACCCACAUUAGAAGAAAUACGUAGUUGGGGCAAAAGCUUUGACAAGCUAAUGAAGAAUUCAACUGGUCGCAAAGUAUUUCGCGACUUUCUGCGUAGCGAAUUCAGCGAGGAGAACAUAUUGUUUUGGCUUGCCUGCGAGGAUCUGAAGAAGGAGAACAGUGCCGAAGUCGUGGAGGAGAAGGCGCGACUGAUAUACGAGGAUUAUAUAUCGAUACUGUCGCCACGCGAAGUGUCGCUGGACUCACGAGUGCGCGAAAUUGUUAAUCGCAAUAUGAUCGAGCCGACGACUCACACCUUCGACGAAGCUCAAAUUCAGAUCUACACGCUGAUGCACAGAGACUCAUAUCCCAGAUUCCUAAACUCGCAAAAGUUCAAGACACUCGCUCAAAUGCAAGACAAUUCGAAUGCCGGCUCCAAAGCGGAUAGCCCCACUUAGAUGUUAUGUUAUGUAAUGUGCUGUGUUGAUUCUGUUGUUGUUUUCUCGUUUAACUUUAGUAUUCUUUGGUUGUCCUGAAAUGGUGGCAAUAACUGUUUGCUGCUACUGCCACUGCCACAAAAAGCGCCGCUGCUGCAGUUAACAAAGCAAUAUGUCAUACCAACUAAAUAGAUCUAUUCCAUUUGGCGUGUGCAGUACCAAAAAAAAACAAAAUAAAAAACAAAAAUGAAAAAGAGAACAUAA